CCAAGGGCAUUUUGCAUUUUUUCAUGGUGUAGUGAAGUGGCACAUAAGGGUGGUGUGACUUUUGGGUACAAAAUGGAAGAUGCAAGUCCUUUGGUAGUUAAAAUUGAGAGGCCUUUGUAUGAACAGGAGCAAUUACAUGCAGAAUAUGGAUACGAAAAACCACCAAAAAGUUCUAUUACCGAAAAUAUUCAAAAUUGCAAAAGCUGCAAUCCAAUAAAAGUACUCUUAAAUAUAGUUCCUGCAAUUAGAUGGCUUUCAAAAUACCAUUUGAAAACUGAUUUAACUGGCGAUCUUGUGGCUGGAUUUACCGUAGCAAUAAUGAACAUACCCCAAGGAAUGGCGUAUGCCCUUCUGGGGAAUGUUCCACCAAUUUGUGGUCUAUACAUGGGGUUUUUCCCGGUACUUAUUUAUUUUUUAAUGGGAACUUCUAGACAUAACUCUACGGGAUCAUUUGCGGUGGUUUGUUUAAUGGCAGGAAAAGUUGUAUUAAAAAACUCCGAUCCUUUUUAUUUUACUGAGAGUCCUAGCGGUAACUUAACCGAGGCGGUAAUACCAACGGGGUAUUCCCCUGUUCAAGUAGCCGCCAGUGUGUCGUUUCUUGUUGGAUUUAUUCAGAUAAUUAUGUAUGCAUUUAGACUAGGAAUUUUAAGCGUUUUAUUGUCGGACACAUUAGUAAGUGGAUUUACUACAGCAGCGGCAAUACAGGUCUUUACGUCGCAGUUAAAGGACAUUCUAGGGGUGGAAAUACCCAAAAUUACGGGAUAUUUCGAGAUCAUAUACACUUUUAUUUAUAUUUUUCAAGCGAUUACAUCUGUUAAUUUUGUUGUAUUACUGAUAAGUGUAGUUACAAUCGUUGUCCUUAUGUGUAACAACGAAAUCCUUAAGCCAAAGAUUUCCAAAUACUGUUCAUUCCCGGUUCCUGUAGAACUAAUUGCUGUAGUUGUCGGUACAUUGCUAUCUAAAUAUCUUAGUUUUUCGUCGAAAUAUCACGUUCAAAUUAUUGGAGAAAUUCCUACGGGGAUACCGGCACCGUCUUUACCCAAAUUUUCAGUACUUUCCGAUGUAUUUAUGGAUUCCCUGAUGAUAGCAAUUGUAUCGUAUGCUUUAACGUUAUCAAUGGGUCUAAUCUUUGCUCAGAAACUUAAUUAUGAAAUCGACGCUAACCAGGAACUACUAGCCCUGGGAACGGGAAACAUUUUCGGCUCGUUUUUCAGUUGUUUACCUUACAGUGCUUCGAUAUCUAGAUCUGUGAUACAAGAAACCAUUGGGGGAAAAACACAAUUGGCUUCUCUAGUUUCUUGUAUGAUAAUGUUUUUCGUUUUAAUGUGGCUAGGACCGGCUUUUGAAUACUUGCCAAAGGCAGUCCUUGCAGCCUUAACCAUAGUUGCAGUGAAGGGAAUGCUAAUGAAUGUAAAAGAUUUUUUCAAAUUUCUGAAACUGAGCAAGGCCGAUGCUGCCGUAUGGCUUUGUACAUUUUUAUCGGUCAUUAUUAUAGGUGUAGACGUGGGGUUGCUAACAGGAAUCUGUUUGUCAUUAGUGUGUGUGCUUAUAGCAGGGUUGAAACCAUUUGCUUGCCUACUCGGGUAUCUACCACACACAGAUCUUUAUUUGGACAUUACAAGAUAUAAAGGGGUGGCAGAAGUACCUGGAAUCAAAAUAUUCCAUUAUCGAGGUGGUAUAAAUUUUGCAUCGAAAAACACGUUUAGAAGCGAACUUUUCAGAAUCGUCGGUGUUGACCCACAGAAAGAAUUGAUAAUAAGAAAAAAACUAGAGAAACACCAAAAUUUGGACUUGUCCGAAUUGAAAACAAUGAAGAAUUGCGAAAAAAUUGAAAAGAUGCAGAACAAAAUAACAAAAGGAAUACAUUGUUUAGUUUUAGAUUUUUCAGCUUUGAGUUACAUAGACGCCGCGGGGAUUUCCACGAUAAAACAAAUCAUCCAGCAGUUUUCAAAGAUUGAUAUACCGGUCCUGUUAGCGGCUUGUUCCGGUCCUGUGUACGAAAAAAUGAAGAAAUGUGAACUAAUUGAACACAAAAAUUCAAUUAAAAUGUUCCCUACAGUACACGAUGCUGUACAAUACGCCACUAAAAUACUUAAUGUAGGAAACGAUUCAAAAGGCGUUUCUACAAUAUCAAUAUAGUUAAUAAAUAUUUUAGGUUCGUAUAUUUUAACAUUGUAAAAUUAAUUUGGCACAAUAAACAAGAAUGAAACACAA